CCUCCUCCCCUCUCCAAGAUGGCGGCGCCGGCGGGUGCCUGAGAGGGAGGCUGUCGCCGCGCGGAGGAAGCGAGGUCCCGGCCGCUGCCGGGAGAGGAAGACGCGACGCCUCCGCCCCGAGCCCCUCUCGCUGCCCAGCCCGCCCUUCCCUCGGCCCUCCAGGACGAUGGUAAAAUGACCCAGGCGGGGAAGAAGAAGAAAAGGGCUGCCAACCGCAGCAUCCUGCUGGCCAAGAAGAUCAUCAUUAAGGACGGCGGCACGGUGAGGGGGGCGGCUCCGAGGGGCCCUGAGGGGAGCGGAGCCCUGAGGGGACCGGGGCGCGGGGGGGGGUGCCCCGCGAGACCCCCGCGGUACCAGGCAGGCCUCCCGCCCGCGUGCUUCGGGCCCAGGUGCCGCCGCCUGCCCGCCCAACGAGUUUGGUGGGUCGCCUUGAACUGAAGGCGGAAUGGGUCAACUGCCCCGGUUUGACCGAGGAGGGCCUUUUUUUUUCUUUUUGGUUCUGCGUGGGAAAAUGUUAAGGGUGGCUUUUGAAAGGAGCUUGGUUGACUACACUUUCCCUAGAGAGCGAGUUUGCCUUCCGCCGUCCUUUGGUCCCGAGUGGGUUUGGGGUUCCCGUUACACAAAUCAGCUUGUCGCACAAUAGGCACCCUAAAAGAUGUGUCCCUCUUCAGGGACAAAAUUUGUAACCGGGCCUCGUGAGGAAGGUGAAUUUCAGGUGGGGAGACUGGGGGGAGGGGAGCACAGCUUCCUCUCUCUUUUCUCUGCUGUCCUGUAUAUCAUUAGAGGGGCUUCUGGUUCAGAAAUCUUUAUAGAUAUACUAUAUGGUGUGUGUGUGUAUAUAUAUAUAUAUAUAUAUAUACACACACACACACACACACUAUACUGGAAAGCGUGGAAGGAAAAGGGCACGUCCUUCUUUUGAUUCACAAACAUAUGUUUUCUCUGAGAUCUCUUGGCUGGUGCAGAAAUCACUGGCUUUAUUCUGGGCGGACCUGUUGUGCUUCCAUAGUGAUGGACACUCUUGGGCUGCUCGAAUUCACUAUUUGAAGGAAAGAUCCACCCGGAGAUUGCAAAUUCUAUUUAGCAUAGUCAGGUGUUUUUGUUAAAGGAAACUGCUGUGGUUUCACCUGUGCAUCACCUCCAACCGGUGUAGGAUGCCUGCUCUGUACUACGCUGUAUUAAAUAUAUGGCUGUUUCAGCAAUGUGUGCUGAUCAGCAAGUAAUCUUGAUUUGAAUGUUUCACGGUAUACAGGCAUGUCCCUGUUUUCAUCCCUGAAACUUUUUUGGGGGGAGGGGAACGCAAAAUUAAUGUCUGUACAGCUUUCUCUGUCACAAGAUGUAGAGCACUUUUCAAAGGCAUUUGUACUUUUGCAAGGAUGCUGAGGUUUCUGUGUAAUAGAUCAUUUUCUUGGCAACUAGUAUUUCUAGUUCAGUCUUGCUAGUCCCCCAGAUGGUAUGCUGGCACAUCCACUUUUACCCUUGGAUUGGCAGUUUGAACAAGAGCUUUGGCCUAGGGGGCUUCAAUUGCUGAACUUAGUUUUAAUUUCUAUGCUUUGCCAUUUACAGCAUGUCACACACCCACACCUUCACACACCCUGUUUAUGAGCUACUUAUGUUCAUCUCUUGCUAAUGGAUAGCUUCAUGCUUUAAAUAUAUUUUCUGCAUGGAGAUCAUCUUGUCAUAGACACAUGAACACACACUGUGUUUCCUUCUCUAGAGCCAUCAAGUAACAGAUGCACAAUUAUCUUCUUGUACUCUACUGGUCAAGCUUGUGAUUGCAAUUUUUACAUUUUUAACACUAUGGUUGGAAUCCAGCUUUGCCUGUUCUUGUUAUGUAUUUAAGGCAGAGGUGGCUAACCUGUGAUCCCCUAAAUGUUGUUAGACUUCUAAACUCAUCAACCUUAGCCUGCAUGACAGGUAACUGGGGAUGGGAGGAGUUGAAGUCCAGCAGCAACUGGCUGGAAAGAUUAGCCACCUAUAGUUUAUGGACUUGAGCAAAGAGAGAGUGAGUUUAUGGCAGAGAACUGAUAAUAGCCUAUUGAUGUUUGAUUUGAGUUUGGCUUGACUUUCCUGCUCGGUUAUGAAUUCGGAGUUGUUCUACAUUUAACACAUUCUGUGGUCGCACCAAUGUUUUCCAUAAUUCACACAUAAAAUGUGAACAGUACAUAUGUCAAACUGUAAAACGUGUAGAACCGUGAAUAGAUAUGCUUCAAAGAGUUGUGGCCAAUUGGGAACACACACAUCAGGGAACCAGAGUCUUUGGGGACAGGCCUCCUGUUUACAUUCUUCAUGUCACCGCUCUUGGUGUGAGCAGCUAUUCUGGAUUCUGCUGUUGGGUUGGUUGGUUGGUUGGUUGGUUUUUGCAGAUGUUCUCUUCACACUUCUGCACAUGAGAAAGUCAUGCAUGUUUCUUCAUGUGCAGGAAAAUGUUUUGUUCAAAUUGACAAUGAAGAGCUUUGACUCAGAGUUCUGAAUGCCAUAAUCCUGUUAGUCAAACUCAUGUGUUAUCAAUUUAUACAGUUAUUUAUGAUGGUUCAAAUGAAUGACACUUUUCACUGAAGGAACAAAGCUUAGAAGAUACCGUAUUUUUCGCUCUAUAAGACGCACCAGACCACAAGACGCACCUAGUUUUUGGAGGAGGAAAACAAGAAAAAAAAUAUUCUGAAUCUCAGAAGCCAGAACAGCAAGAGGGAUCACUGUGCAGUGAAAGCAGCAAUCCCUCUUGCUGUUCUGGCUCCUGGGAUAGCUGUGCAUCCUGCAUUCGCUCCAUAAGACGCACACACAUUUCCCCUUACUUUUUAGGAGGGAAAAAGUGAGUCUUAUAGAGCAAAAAAUACGGUACAUUUUCUUAAAUGAAUUCUGAGUUUCCCGUUUUUAAAAGGGGAAUAAUAGUACAGAAUUGUUGAAGUUAAGCAUUUCAAUAUUUUUGCAGUUCCACACCACAAUUCUUACUUGCAGUUAACUGUAUUUUCAGCUUAUCGCCAUUGCCAUGUUCAUUUUAUUUAUAUCCUAUAUAUUUUCAGAAGAUUACUCUUAUGUUGUUAAUAGUGCUUAAAGUAGGUAGAGCACCUGUUGCAGCCUCACUUGCUUGUAAAAUUCACUGUCCUUUUUAAAAAACAUGCUUGUCAAUGCUCUGUCCAUUUCUCUACUUAGGAAGGCACACAGUCUGUAUAUCUUGAUUAUUCUUGUUCAGGUAACUUGUUCCAAUGUAGUUUAGCUUUUUAAAAAUUGAGUGGGAUCUGCUGUGUCAAUAGUAAAGGGACACAGGCGGAGACACUGUAUUCAUGUUACGGUAGAAAUGAUUAAAGCACAAGUUGCUCCCUUGAAUGUUUAACACCACCUACAUAAUUAUUGUUAAAAUUGCUAAGUAGUCAGCACAGGUGUGUUGUCUUGUGCUGCACUGUAUAGAGCAAUUUUGAGAGAGUGGCCUUUGCCAACCUGGUGCCCCCCCCAUGUUUUAGACUACUCCUGGCCACAGGAGGUGUAUGUCCCAAACCUGUGGAGGGCACCAGGUUAGUGAAGACUGUGAAUGGAGGGUUGACUUCUUAUCCAACAGUUGUUCACUUUCUGGGGACUCCCUCUGUGAACUGCCUGUGCUUGCAAGGAGAGACUGCUUCAAAUUUUUGAGGUUGGUUAUGUUGAAACUAAGUUGAUAAAGGAUGUAUAUUUCUUAGUAGCCUUGAGUUCUGAUUUAAUAGGUGAUGUCUCAUUUCCUGACUUUGAUUCAGUGGUUGUCUCCUUACAACUUACAGUGAAACUUUCUCCCUCCAGCUCCUGUUCAAUUCCUCCCCUUUAUUUCAAAUUACUCUUGCAAAUGCUCAUACUAGAAAACAAAUAUUUUAGGUUUCAUAGUUGUCACUUUCACCCUCCUUAUUGCAGGUCAGAUUUCUAAGUUCCAGUUCAACAUAAAUGUAUGUGAAACUUCAAAACAGAGGGUGCCUUAUAAAUUACUCUAGAACUCUGUACUUGAAAUCUUGUUGCCCUGGGGAUUACUCCCCUUGAUCAUUGAAGGUGCUUCAGUAAUAGGUCAGUACUUGUGGGGCCUUUUUAUUGCUAAGAAAGGAGUUGGCAAUUGUGACCUAAUGCUCUUCUCCAGCAGGAGAGUAGGUACGCUGUUGCAGACAAGUCACCUCUUUCAUCCUUAAAGGGAUGACUGAGACACCUGCAGCACUGCCUAUUAUAAGACAUGAGGCAGGGUUGUCACAGCUUCCCAAGGCACAUGCCCUAGCUUGGCGAUAGAUUCAGACCUCUGAAUCACUACUUAAAGAAUCUCAGGUAGUAGAGACAGGAAAAUCCUCUGCCUUAGACUUUGGUAAGCUACUGAUAGUGGUGGUUCACAUGAAUCAACAAAUCAUUUUUGGGCAUUAGGUGGAAGAGAUUAUCUGAACUUUCAGGCUCACAUUCUGCUGCAAAGCCAGGCAGUCAGUAAAUCACACACUUCAAAACUGGAGAUAACUGUGUAUUAGCAAAGCACUAUUUUCACAGACUGUGCGGUUUCAGCACAGCAUCUUACUUCAUGAAAUCAGUUGCUGAGACUAAAAGUUCCUUUCUCCCCACAGCCACCUAUGUCUUCUCCUCUUCAGUGCUUCUUGCAAGCAAUUGGAGACUGCCCCUGUGUGCAGCUUGUCUUUCCUUCUCUUUCAUGCCUCAUCUGGUUCUGGAAGUCUGGGUGAAGAGAGGAGCUUGAGGAGGGGGAGACACCCGUGAUUCUUCCCCAGCCUGUCUCAUCUCUGCCUCCUGGCCACCCUUCUGCCUCUGAUUCUGGACUUUUCUCUGCCACAGACUCACCCCGCUCACUAAACCCCAUUUCCAGUUUCUGACACCACCUCCCUCUGACCGCUCAUGUCAUCCGUCCACCAUUCCCCAUGCUUUGAGCCUUUUUCCCUUGGUGGUUCCCCAGCUGGUUCAUCCUACCACUCCUUUGCGUCCAACCAGUCCAUGACACAUGGCCCCUUCCAUCAUGCACCACAAUUACCUACUUCUACUCUUGGAUUAAUCUCAAAGGAAAGAGGUAAUGGCCACACAGAAGAGUAGGAAGAAGCGUACAAGACUGAGGCUUGUGCACGUAAUGUCAAACCUUGGUUUAGCAUUGCUCUUGAACUAUUGCCCAGUAGUCAAGAAUGAUGGAGGUUACAGUCGUACCUUCGUUGUUGAACACCUUGGUACUUGGACGUUUUGGCUCCAGAACACCGCAAACCCGGAAGUGAGUGUUCCGGUUUGCAAACAUUUUUUGGAAGCUGAACGUCCGAUGUGGCUUCCAAUUGAGUGCAAGAAGCUCCUGCAGCCAAUUGGAAGCUGUGCCUUGGUUUUCAAACCAUUCUGGGAAUCGAACAGACUCCCAGAACGGAUUAAGUUUGACAACCAACGUACCACUGUAUGUAUAGUCUAAAACAUCUGGAGGACACCUGUUUGGAGAAAGCUGAACUAGACAGAUUUACGUUUUGACUCAUGGCUUAACAUGCAUAGGCUAUACACGCUACAAACCACAACUACUGGGUUAAUAUUUUAUCUGAACCAGGGAUGGUGGUUUGUUUUGCUCCAAAAAAACAUGGCUGAUAAGCAAAGAACAAAUUUUGGCUUAUCCUUGUGGUUUGGAGUAAAACCAAAACAUGGUUUGGAUGGAACAUGAAGGCAGGGCCCGUGGUUUGUUUCUCUCCAGUGCAAGUAGGGAAAGGAGCAAAGCGAGCAUGAUCAGUGCACACAUGGCAAAUCAUGGUUUAAAACACAUAUCACUCUAAGGCAACUUUAUGUAUUCAUAUGUAGGAAGAACAAUAUUGCUUCAUCACAGUGCAUUUUCCCCUUGGUUAAGGAGUGCUGUCGUGCUCUUUCAACCCAGAGUAAGAUUGUUGUGGAGAAUGAGGAGGUGCUGUUACUACUUUACACCCUCAAGGGAAGCAUGUAAUUGCCCUUCUGUGCUGAUUGUACAUAAUGGUAUAGUAGUUACGAUGUGUUUGGUGCUCUGUGGUCUUCAGCUGCAUAUUUAACGCCUGGGUGCCUUCAUGAAAAGUUGCAGAAUUGCUUGUAAACAUAGCUGACUUUUCUAUCUACAUAUAAAAGCAGUGUGGUCAGUCAGAUGCUCUUAUAAAUGGAUGUUUCUGUGUGGAUGUUUUCAAGCAUCACUAAGAAUUAUAAAAUAUGUAAAAUAUGUCUGGAGGAAAACAUACAUAAGUGACAAAGUUCUGACUUGUUUUCCUGUUCCAUAAUGUGAAUUAACACUACUCAAGAAAAUGUCAAUGCAAAAAAGUUAAAGUAAGUAAAGAAAGGAAUACUGCCCCCCAAAAAGGAAGUAACAUUAAUUCAGUGUCAUUCAUCAUUGUUGUAUUUCCCCGUUUGUAAUAUUCAGUCAGUUCCGACUCUGUUCAUACCACCAUUUUAAGGAAGCAUGCUAUACAGCUCCUGGGUGUGACAGGAUGUGGUUAAGCAUUUGAUUGUAUUUGAAAGUGCUCUAGAAUUUUAGAAAUGUGAAGUUGUGUGAUGCUACUGCAGCUUGAGUACUGUUGUUUUUUAAAAGUUUCUACACUCCAUGUUUUAAUCCUUUGCAGCAGAUUCAUAACUUUUUCCCAAGUCUGUUAUGAGUAAUUACAAGGAAUUGAGGCACUGCUCCUGUUUAUACCUUCCCUUUCCCCUCCGUCUGCCACUGUUCCAUCAUGUCCUUUCGGGAAAAGGAUGAAAUCCUGAGGGUAGCUGCAGAUGAAAUCCUCCCCUCUGUUGGCUUGGCUGGGAAAGCGUAUCAGCAUGAGUUGGCUGCUGCUGGUCUGAGUGCUAUAGAUGUGUCACAAUGCCAUAAAAGAUGCAGUGUACAGAUGCAGGAGCCUUAACAAUUUUAUGUAAGGAAAUGCCACAACACCUUGGCUGCUGCCACUCUCAGCGUGUGUGUGUGUGUGUGUGUGUGUGUACACACUUGGGCGUCAAAUUUUUUUGGGUGGCUUUGGUGUCUGAACAAAAACAUUUCCUCUGAACAUGCCCCUAUUUUGGGGGAGUGGGAGAUAGCCAGUGUGAAGGAAUACAACUUGAUCUAUUUGAAGUGGGGGUUUUUAAUGCCAGAGUGGUUGAUUUCUGGUUUAAGUGGUGGUUCUGAACAAGAGGCUCAGAAAUUCAGCCUAAUAAACUCCAAGUACAAAACGAAACCCAAAGUUAAAGGGAGGAGAGACAAGAAAAGAAGAAAAAUGGGGAAUCAGAAACUGAAGCAAGCAGCUACUCCCCUUCUAAUUGGCUGAAAGAUUGGGAGGGGAAGGGAAUCUUUUGCAUAUAAGUAAAGCUGCUAAAUAGGAAAUUUGUGUGUGUGUGUGUGUGUGUGUGUGAGAGAGAGAGAGAGAGAGAGAGAGAGAGAUGAAACAAUAUGAUCAUGUUUGGAGCUCAGUAAAAAAUGGGGAAAUGAUUAACUUUCCUCCAUUCUCUCUCACAUUGCAGCUGGCAAGGGAUGGCAGAGGCAUGCAGACUUUUUCUGCCUCCCAGCCAGGUGAUCAUCUAUCUUAGCUUGAUGAACAAGACUGUCAAACCCUCCAGUUACAUUACUUCCGCCUCCCCCAGCUUUCUGUACCCACAGAAAGAAUGCAAGCGUAGAUGCAUCAGUGCCAGGAGCUCCUCUGGAGAAAUGUUGAAGCAUUCUGGCAGUUACAACUCUUGGCAGGGUAUUGUUUUUCCAUGCAUGAGUUUUGAUGCAAACUUCAGCUCAGUUUGGAGCCAAAACGGAAAAAAAGUAGUGCUACACUAAAAUAUUCCUUUUUGGUUUUGUGUUUACUGUAGUACAAAGGUGUAAACUGUGCUGUGGAGACUUGUACUCAUUCUUGGCUUAAUUCUAUUUGAGGAGUAAUUGAAUUCCUGUGGCAGUUAAGGUUUUUAGCAUCGACCUUUCCAUGCCCUCAAACAUGUAUUGCACUUGUAAUCCCAAUUAAAUGUGGUCUCAUGCAGAGUUAUUGGGAGAGAUAUAGUAAGUAAGAGAACCAAAAUGAGCCCACUACAUGAUUGUCUCUGGGUGUAGUGCCCAACAAUAAGCCUCUGGCUUAACAGUAGUAUGUUCUAUAUUGAAGAGUUUUCGCUACAGUAAGGCAUUUAACCUUAACAUCCAUUUUAGCAAAGGGCUGUGGCAGUUUUCCAAUACAUUUAUGCAAUUAAUGGCCACACUUGAAAACUUGGAUACUCUCAUUUUGAUUUGUUCAAGCAAUACUAUGGCUGCAUGUUACUUUGUCAUUGAUACAUUUUCAUGGAUAGUGGGUUUUGCAUGAAGGUAUGCAAAUUCUUUGCAAAAGAAAGAAGUAGCACACUUUUAAGUUGAGAGGAUUAAUUGGGGAAACACCGAUCUAGUAAUGUAAAGAUAGGUAACUGGAACAUGCACCAUUGUCAUGAAUGUCACUUGACCUGAGAGAAUAGAGGACCAGUAUUCAAACCUAUAGUUGAAUCAUAUAAGAGUUAAAAUAGAUUUUCGUAAUAGAAAUGAAAAUGCUUACUGAAAAAUUGUAUGAAUAGUUUGAUGCAUUCAGACUGUGGGUUUUCCAUUACAUGCACAUGGAAAGUUAAGUCUUGGGCUCAUGCACUUUCUCCACUCACACAUGGGGGUUUCCUAAAGUGGCUUCCCUGUUAGCCAGCAAGCCAUCGGUUUUCCAUUUUGUCUGAAUACCUGUCCUUAAUUUGCCCUUAAUCAAGGAUCCUCGCAUACAUUUUGUUCCUCCUUUAAGAGCAAACUGUAAUUGGCCAAACCCCAAUUUGUCCUUGUGCAUGAAUGUGACAAACUUUUAUCUUGUCAACAAGCAAGGUCACUUUAUAAAUCUCUCCUGGUUGGGUGGGUGGGUAGAAUACCUGAGGCAUAAGUUCUAUGCAAGCAUGCAAGCAACUGCAAACUGUAAUUUGCCAUUAUGUCUGAAUGCAGCUUGGGUGUCUUUCAUUCCCUUGAGUUGUAACAUCUGUUUUCAUCCCCUGUUGCAGGAGUGCCUCUCUGUAUGCUGUUGAACUUCAAGUCUUAUCUUCCUUAACCAUUGGUACUGCUGGCUGGGGCUGAUGAGAGUUAAAGUUCAGCAGCAUCUGAGGCCACAGUUAACCACCUCUUCCCUAUUGUUUGCUAGUGAGGAAAUUAUAUGUGACUGGUUGGGCUCUAUGUAGUAACAAUUAUAUUUCUUUCUUUCAGCCUCAAGGAAUAGGCUCACCUAGUGUCUAUCAUGCUGUGAUAGUAAUAUUUUUGGAAUUCUUUGCAUGGGGGCUUCUGACAGCACCUACCUUAGUGGUAAGUGGUUUUUAAAAAAAAAUUACUGUAUUUUAACAAGGGAUUAGACCUGACUCCCACUCCUCUCUGCUUCCUGUUUUUGGGGGACAGGGUGUGGGGGGGUUCCCUGGUCCUGAAUGGGGUAACUGUGCCCCUGAAGGACCAGGUGCGCAGCCUGGGAGUCAUUUUGGACUCACAGCUGUCCAUGGAGGCACAGGUUAAUUCUGUGUCCAGGGCAGCUGUCUACCUAGUACGCAGGCUAAGACCCUACCUGCCCGCAGACUGUCUCACCAGAGUGGUGCAUGCUCUAGUUAUCUCCUGCUUGGACUACUGCAACGCGCUCUAUGUGGGGCUACUUUUGAAGGUGACCCAGAAACUGCAAUUAAUCCAGAAUGUGGCAGCUAGACUGGUGACUGGGACUGGCCGCCGGGACCACAUAACACCAGUUCUGAGAGAUCUGCGUUGGCUCCCAGUACGUUUCUGAGCACAAUUCAAAGUGUUGGUGCUGACCUUUAAAGCCCUAAACGGCCUCGGUCCUGUGUACCUGAAGGAGCAUCUCCACCCCCAUCGUUCAGCCUGGACACUGAGAUCCAGCGCCGAGGGCCUUCUGGUGGUUCCCUCAUUGCGAGAAGUGAGGUUACAGGGAACCAGGCAGAGGGCCUUCUCGGUAGUGGCGCCUGCCCUGUGGAACGCCCUCCCAGCAGAUGUCAAGGCAAUAAACAACUAUUUUACUUUUAAAAGACAACUGAAGGCAGCCCUCUUUAGGGAAGUUUUUAAUGUCUGAUGCUGUAUUGUUUUUAAUAUUCAGUUGGAAGCCGCCCAGAGUGGCUGGGGAAGCCCAGCCAGAUGGGCGGGGUAUAAAUAAAUUAUUAUUAUUAUUAUUUAUUAUUUAUUAUAUUCCUCCUUUCCUUGGUGCUUAAAGCUGACAUUAAAUCACAGUUCCCUGUUUUGGAAUAGCUGAGGUUUGAUUGAAUCAGCAAGCAAAUAUUUAGGAGGGGGAGUAAGAUGGGUUACUCAUUCUUGCUGCUAAACUACAGUUUAGGAAGUUGGGGGUUGUGCAUCUGUAUCAUGCAUAAAACAGUGCAUGAUUAUUUGGAAAUACGCAACAGAGUGAAAAGUUACGCUUGCCCUCAGAUAAAUGUGUUCAGUCUUGGCAAGACUGGCAGGUUAUGUGUAUGGCUGUAUGACAGAGCCUUUCCCUUAAGCAGGCACUAAGAUGACUUAAUGCAUGCUAAAAGCAAAUUCUGAAUAUAUUCUUAAGUGUUCUAUUGUGGUUUAUUGCUAUUUCUGUAUCUGGCAAAAUGCUGUUAUUGAUGGUAAUAUGUAACUGAAAUGGGGCGGUUUGUGUUCAAGGGACAUAGUGUGACCGGGAUAUUUGUUCUCAAGUAAAUGUUCUGUUCUCAGUUAAAUAUUCAUGUAAUCCAAGUAAACUGGCUUGUCUUGCGUUUGAAAGGUAAAAAUAAACACUCUUUGAACAUACAGUUUUAGCUUUGUAAUAAGAGGAGGAAGUAAUUGCACUAUUUCACUUGUAACUUUCUGAAGUAUGGAUAGCUGAAAACAAUCCAGCAGAGGCUGUGUUUCUGUAAAUUCAAUUCCAAAACACACACCCAUUUAGAAUUUCCUAGGGCAGCUCUGCUGAUUUCUUUCACUUUCCCCUUUAUUGAUGCAGUGUGAAUCUGUCUUGGCCAGAAACAUGCUAGCAACGUCUGGCUUGCAUGUGGAUAGGUGGCUUUGAAUUUUGUAAUAUCUUCAGGGAAAGGUCUUCCUAAAGAUUCCUUUGCCAGUUCUAACUCCGCAGCAUGCACACUAUCCAUGCCCUCUGUCUCUUCAGACUUAUUUUCUCCUAGCUCACCCCUCAGUAAGAGUCAAACUUUCCUUCUCAGUGCCUCGUGAUAUAAAUGUGAGCACAAUUCCAAAUUCUCUAUGCAGAAAAAGCAAACAACUGCAAAUAGUGCAGUGUAUGCAAAUAUGAUAAUGGAGGUAGUAAACAAAUUGCUGACCAUCAAUGUUCCUGUGUUUGCAUGGUCAUUGUAGCUUAUUGUGUGCUGUUAUGUAAUGACAGAAGGAAACUGCACUUGGUAUCAGAAUAAUUUAUACUAGCUCUCUAAAACCUUUGACUGGAUACUUGUAAAAAAUGGAAAUAGAAAUUGGUGUUAAACAUGAUAUAGGAAAUUAUUGGAUAUAAUGUUUCAAAUACUCCUAAAACUGCUCUUCUGUGUCUACUAAACUCAGAAGUAGUACUUAUAGAAGCGCAGCUUGCCAGUCCGUUGACAUCUGGCAAGUUUAUGCAUUGUCCAACCCUCAAAAGGAAAAAUCUUUCAAUCUUUCAAAGAAUGGACAGAAUAUAUGGGAAUUUUUCCUAAUGACCAAAUUAAUGCAUGAACUUUAAACAACCAGCAAACAGGCAGAUUUAAAGAAAGAGAUGCCUUUUUAAAAAAUUAAUAUUUGGAAUAACAAAAUUAGUUACAAUUUAAUACUACAUAAUUCUUUUCCAUAUGAUGCUAUAUCAUGAUGUUCAUGUUUCUUCAGGGUAAUCAUAUUUUUUUCUUUUAUGCAUUAGAUAUUUAUUUUCUUUAAUAUAAUUAGAACCUUAAGAAAGUCAUAAUCACAUUUUAUAUUAGUUUGAUACACUAUUUGCAUUUUUUUAAAAGUAAAAUAUAAGUGUGUCUGCAUUAUCUCAAUUCGCAUAUGCAGAAACCUAGAAACUGUCUCUUUAAAAAAAGAGGCAUAGUAUCUCAAAAGUCAGGGCAAAAGGAAGCUACUGAUGGUUGUGUUGCCGCACUGCCAAGUAGCAGCAUGCCACACUGGGAUUUCUGACGAAUGUGGGCAUGGAUACAUCAGCAGUUGCAAUGGUCUUCAUGGUAGAAACAGUUCCAAUGUUGAGUGAUACAGUUGUAUCGCAUCAUAACGCUGCAGGUAUUGCAGGCCCUUAGCUGUAGAACGUCCUUCUUCUCCCUCUUCCUUUUUUCUUAGAAAAAUCACGUAACAAAUGAUGAUAAGCUUUUUACAGUAUUGGCAGUAGUGAGCAUUUUCUGCUAUGAAUGGAAGUGAUUCUGUCUCAGUAAACUGUGCUGGUGGUAAUGGAGGCUAAGGACUUUGAAACUUUUUUGUGCUUAAAUAGAGUAUUCAUACUCUUAGGUGUCCUUCAUUAAUAUGUCACAUGCGUAAUUGUUUCACAGGUUUUGCACGAAACCUUUCCCAAACAUACGUUUUUAAUGAAUGGCCUAAUCCAAGGAGUAAAGGUAAGACCAGCCUAGUUUUUAAAUGUUUUCUAUUGAGGUGUAUGAUUCAUUCAUAAAUCAGAUGCCUGCAAAUUAGACCUGAAUGGUUCAAUUAUUCCACCUUGCUCUAUUCAAGUUCAGGAUUAUACCUGACGUUGUGAAUUUAGGGUGAGAUCAAACACAAUAAGCCAAAAGUUAGGCUGCAUUUAAUUCUUCGUUCCCUCUACGUAUUUCAUAUCACUCCUUUAAGAAGCCUCUCAAACUCUAGGCAGAUCAUAGCCUUCGGUUCAAGAUAUGGUGUUACUAAAUUCCUGUAGUGACAGAGAUUCCUAAUGUUCUAGUUCAAUCUUGAAGUGAAGACAUGUUAUUAACCCAGGCCUUUUAAACAACUUGUGUGUGUAUAAUAUAGGCUUCUCAGUUUUAUGAUUCCUGUUUUCUUUAUCAAAAAGAACAAGUCUGUAAUGCAUUUUUAAUCAUUUUUGUGAGCCACUCAGAUAACAUAUAUUUUUGAGUGAGUAUUUAUUUGGAAUGUGCUGAGGUCCAAACAGUUUUUUCCUGCCUGGUUAUCUUCAGGUGAUUUGUUCUCACCUAGUGAACCAUGGUGUAUAAGCCUGCUUUAUAUCACACAAAAAGGCUUUUGCAAUGCCAACCUCCAAAACUGGUACUGUAGGGCUACCUGUGUUUUUGGUGGGCUAAGAGACAUCCAUAUGAGCCCUAUCCUGCACUGUGUGUCAUAUGCAUCCUAUUAACUGAAUCUGCUUGCUGUAGAGUAGUGAGGUGUUUCAAGGAAGGGGCAGAUUAUCUUUUUGUUUAAAAGUAGGCUUUAGAUGAAUGUAUUUCUUUUAAAAAGGCUUUAGAUCAGUGUUUCCUAAACUUGGGUUUUUUUCAGACUACAACUCCCAUCAUCCCUAGCUAGCAAGACCAGUGGUCAGGGGUGAUGGGAAUUGUAGUCCGAAAACAGCUGGAGACUCAAGUUUGGGAAGCACUGCUUUAAAUGAAUGUAUCAGGAUGUGAAACCUUUCAGCUCUUCAGUGUGUGCAUUGUCCUUCACUUAAGCCUUUGUUUUUACUUCCCAGGGCUUACUGUCUUUCCUGAGCGCCCCUUUGAUUGGGGCUCUGUCUGACGUUUGGGGCCGAAAAUCCUUCCUGCUGCUAACAGUAUUUUUUACCUGUGCACCAAUUCCACUAAUGAAGAUCAGUCCAUGGUUAGUGUCCCCUUUUAAAGUUUGUCUGUAUACGUCUGUCACGUUAGUCUUGUGUUCUUGGUUUUUAUUAUAAGGAAGGCACACUUGGCAAAUCCACAUCGUGAUCGACUCCCACCCAGAAACCAAUGUCCCUACUGUGGAAGGAAGUGUGGAUCCAGAAUUGGCCUCCACAGUCACUUACGGACUCAUUGUUAAAACCGUGUUUAUGGAAGACAAUCUUACUCGGCUAUGAGUGAUCGCCAAAGAAGACGACGACAAAAUGUCAAAACUUGCUGUGUUUUGUGCAAAGCUAGAUGGUGCUUGUUAGCAGAGUGCCAGCUCACUUAGCAAUGAAUGCAUUGUGAAUGACAUAGACAAGCUGUCCUUGGCUGCUCUCCUUGUUUUGCUCUCAGGCAGUGCUGGAGAUUGCCUUUUGGUAUGCUUUAGGCUUUCCUGCAGUCCCUAGGCUUUAUUGAAGCAGAGAUUUGGUUCAUGGGACUCUGCAAUUUCUUGUUCAUCAGGUUUUUAGACAAGAAUGAGUCCUAUAGAGUUUUUGGCGUAGAGCGUCUGUCUGGAAUGACCAGUUAUAUGUCAUUUUUUGCUUCUCCUUUUCUGCUGAAACAUUCACUUUUUAUGACUCAAGGAUGUUUACUCUGACAAAGUAUGCCAAAUUCACCUGUUCAAUGUGCUUAACAUAACCCAUGUUUUUCUUUCUCUGUGCAUUGUAUGGGCUUAGCUAAAAAGCAGUUUAUAAAUACUUUGAAUAAAUAAAACAAAUAUGAAAGCUUUUUAAAUCUAAUAUAUUGUGGAAAGGUUUGUCAAAAAAAUGCUGUUUUAAUAUUUAUUUGAAAAUUUGGCUGUAUUUCUCCAGCCCAGGCUAGGAUUUUUCUUGUUAAUUGUAACUACCUUUAAGAAACUAUCCCUUUAAGAAACUAUUACUGUGGUUUUUUGUGUUCCUAGGUGGUACUUUGCUGUUAUAUCUGUCUCUGGAGUCUUUGCAGUGACCUUUUCAGUGGUGUUUGCUUAUGUAGCAGAUAUAACCCAAGAACAUGAAAGGAGCAUGGCGUAUGGCUUGGUAUGUGUGUAGUUUAUCUGAAUGUUUUAAACUCAACAGUAGUUAGUAAUUAGAAUUCUUUUAAUGUGAGUUGUAACACGUUAUAGGAAGUACAUUCAGCUAAUUGGGUUCCUCUUGGUUAGCAUCCUACGGUCCUGGCUUCCUGUUCCUAUUUAUCAGAAGAAUCUUUACAUCUUUUGUAUUGUGAAAGAACAAUCUAUUGCUACUCCUACUCAUAACUUUAAGUCAUUCUUCCGUUACCUAACAUUCAGCAGUUGCUAUAGGAAAAUCAUGAUCAUUAAGUCUAUAAAUUAUCAAAACGUAUGGUGAUGUUUUGUGUUAAAUGCUUUCUAUUUCUCUGUCAACUUUCUUGAAUCCUUCUUGGCAUUAGAAAGAGAGGAUGUGGUUACUCACUGAAAAUAUUAUCCCUGUUAUCAUUCAUAGGUUUCGGCAACUUUUGCUGCGAGUUUAGUUACCAGUCCUGCCAUUGGUGCCUACCUUGGUCGUGUGUACGGAGACAGCCUGGUUGUGGUCCUGGCUACAGCUAUUGCAUUGCUGGAUAUUUGCUUUAUCCUUGUUGCUGUACCUGAAUCAUUGCCAGAAAAGAUGAGGCCUGCGUCGUGGGGAGCACCCAUUUCUUGGGAACAAGCUGACCCAUUUGCGGUAAUAAUGUAUUUAAACGUUUGGUACAGAGGGUGCUGUGGUGUGCUUUGAAACUCUGGAGUUUUUAUUAAUGUGUGACAGUAAAUGUUUUGUUGAGCAUGUCCGUACCGGAAUUUCACCCCACUGCUUUUUGCAAUUGGUUGCUUAGCUAAUGUUUUAGGAGGCUGUGGAGUGGCCCAAUUUCAAAACACGCAAACACACGUGGUCUGCGGCUAGGUGCCUGGCUGGUCUAUAUUUCCAUAUAAUUUUGCUUACUUAAUCUCUUUCCAGAGUCACACUUGUAGGUCUAGGCAGGAUUCUUCUUUAGCCAGUUAGCUGUCCCCAACUGCCUUAAGAAACUACAGUCGUACCUUGGAAGUCAAAAUGGAAUCCGUUCUGGAAGUCCGUUCGACUUCCAAAACGUUCAGAAACCAAAGCAUGGCUUCUGAUUGGUUGCAGGAAGCUCCUGCAGCCAAUUGGAAGCUGCAGAAGCCCUGCCGGACAUUUGGCUUCCAAAAAUAAUUCGCAAAUCAGAGCAGUCACUUCCGGGUUUGCGGCAUUCGGAAGCCAAAACGUUUGACUUACAAGGCAUUCGGGAUCCAACGUUCGACUGUACAGUCAAACCUCUUCUUACGUCUGCCUCCGCUCCCAUCCAUUUCGCCCAGCGUCCUUAGCAAACCCGGAAGUAACCAGCAGGUUUGCCGCCAUUCGCGCAUGUGCAGGAGCAGCGAUCACCAUUCGCACAAGCGCAGAAGCGGAUAGUCGCCACCUGCGCACAACAGCGCCUCUCCUAGCAACCUGUUUCGACUUCAGGAUGGGCCUCUGGAACAGAUUGUAGUCAUGAGUAGAGGUUCCACUGUAUAUGGAAGUUCCAUCCAAGUGGAACAGGCUCACUAACUACUGCAAAAAUGCUUGGGUUGGGGCAGUGUCAGGACACAAAAUAACUUGGGCUCCAACAUGAACACAUUCUUGAACUCUGGGAGAGGAAUGAAUGGCUAUGGGGUGGGUACCGUGUGUCCCAGCUGAAGUGGCUACACCAGGACUGAAUUCUGUCCAUUUAAUAAAUGGGCAGGGGCAGAAAUUCAGCUGUAGGAGAAAAGCUCAGUCCUCGCUGGCCUCCUUGCUUUUUAUGAAGGUCCAGAAUGGAGACAUGAAAGUAAUAAACCGAUUUCUGAAAAUCCCUUUCUUUGCUUCAGACCAUAUAUGUGUGGGGAGGAUUUAGCUUUGACUAGGAUAUAGCCCUUCAAAACCUUAUUGCGUCCUGGAGAAAUUCUAGAGAGGGGGAAAAUAUGGCUGGGUUGGGGGAUGCACACAUUCCCUGCCCUAAUUGCCCAGCCAGGAUAAGGCAUUAUCCGUCAGUUUUUCUCCGUCUCUGUUUAUUUCAAACUCUCUUCAACAUUCUGUGGCUCCUGAACGGCAGUGGACUUUCAAGUCUUUGUUGGGCUGUUUCAGGGUUUUUUUUCCCCUUUUAAAAUUCACUCAUCUUUUAUCCUGCAUUCCUGGGGAGAUCUCUUCAUGUAUGCAGAAACCCCUCCAUAUGUGUGGCCCUGUUCACUGUCCUCCCGUGAGGCAAGGAACAUUAUUUUAUUGCGCUUGAAUGCCAUCUUUUUCUCCCAAGGAGCUCAAAGUGGCAUGCAUGGUCCUCCCCUUCCCCAGUCUCCUUUAAACCCCACAACAACCCUGUGAGGUAGGUGAGGCUGAGAGGCAGUGAGUGGCUCAAGGUCACCCAGUGGCCUUCAUGGCCAAAUGGGGAUUUGAACUCUCCUUUCCCAGGUCCCAGUCCAACACACUAACCACUACAUCACAUGGACUCUAUAAAUGAUACUUGACCAUUUCCCUUUCCCCCUCUUGUUCUAGUCAUUGAAGAAAGUUGGUCAGGAUUCCAUUGUGCUGCUAAUCUGCAUAACAGUCUUUCUCUCAUACCUCCCUGAGGCAGGACAGUAUUCCAGCUUUUUCUUGUACCUCAGACAGGUAAGCAUUUGCCUAAUUAUUUUGAUUGUGGAAUAUUAAUUGACAGAAAUGAAGGGUGAUCAAGCCGGAAUGACUUGAUGAUAGAUUCAUUUGCUAGGACUUGUCACCUUUGCCCGAAGGGGGCAAAUCACUUUUUAUUCUGUGCUGUGUAGAAUCAUUUGCAUUGCUUAAAAGCACAUUCACUUUCUGCUGAAGAAUGACUGAAACUCAGGCCUCUAUACCAUUGUAAAGGUAAAGGGACCCCUGACUGUUAAGCCCAGUCGCGGACAACUGGGGUUGUGGCGCUCAUCUCGCUUUACAGGUCGAGGGAGCCGGUGUUUGUCCGCAGACAGUUUUUCCGGGUCAUGUGGCCAGCAUGACUAAGCCGCUUCUGGUGAACCAGAGCAGCACACGGAAACGCCGUUUACCUUCCCGCCAGAGCGGUACCUAUUUAUCUGCUUGCACUUUGACGUGCUUUCGAACUGCUAGGUUGGCAGGAGCUGGGACCGAACAAUGGGAGCUCACCCCGUCGCGGGGAUUUGAACCACUGACCUUCUGAUUGGCAAGCCCUAGGCUAUGUAGUUUAGACCACAGCGCCACCUGCGUCCCCUGUACCAUUGUAGGGACAUUUUUAAAAACUGUCCUGCCUUGAAAUUGAGUUAGCUAGCUAUAUUCAGUAUUUUAUUAAAUGAAAGAUUUUAGUUAGAUAGGUAGCAUUAUGUGAACUGAGCAUACUUCCACACGCUCAUCUAUGUUUAACGUAAAAAUGAUCCAAUGAUUUUUUAUUUAUCCUUUAGAUAAUGAGAUUUUCACCAGAAAGUGUUGCAGCAUUUAUAGCAGUCCUUGGGAUUCUCUCCAUUGUUGCCCAGGUAACUAUAACUGACAAUCUUGGUUUGCCGUAGAGGUUCUGUUAGCAGAAUAUCUUCAAGAACAGAGGUGGUUGGGCUGCCACUGGUGAUUAGCUAAGUACGGCACUAAAGGUUUCAUGUUAGGGCACUGAUGUUUAAACUAUAAUCUGUGGAGCCACAGCAAAAAUAAGAUGAAAACGAAGGGCUUCCCAGUACAAAUGGUACACAAAGUUCAACUUCUACACUCCAGCGCAGCUUUACUAAAUGUGUGUGAUGAAAGCAAACAAUAGUUGUUACUUUGAUUCUCUCCCCCCCCCCCCCAUCAUGUCCCCAGUCUCCAUCUUUGUAGAAAUCGGAUGCCUGGGUCACUGAGAACUAACCCAGGAUUUUCUGUAGCUAAUGCUUUUUUAAAUCUCUGAGGUGUCCUGGGUGUUUCCAAUAACCAUAUACUGCAUUAACUAAAAUAUUGACAUUUUUCUCCCCUCAGACAAUAGUUUUGAGUUUACUUAUGAGGUCAAUUGGAAACAAAAACACCAUCCUGUUGGGCCUGGGAUUUCAAAUACUGCAACUUGCGUGGUAUGGCUUUGGCUCAGAACCUUGGUAAGUAACGUUUUCAGUCUGUUGCUUUUUUGUUUGUUUAUUGGCAGAAUCCUGUUCUUUAUUUAGAAGACUCCUUAAAAUAUAUGCUAUGUGACUCAUAAAUCUCUCGCUCUCUUUCAGCUUUCAUUCACAGUAUUGGAAAGUGUAUGUUCUAAAGAUGUGCAAUGAUGAUUGUCAUAAUGCCUCUGUUCUGAGCUACACAUUUAGGGUGAUAUACAAUGGUUAAAGGGACAAGGGUGGUGCUGUGGGUUAAACCACAGAGCUUAGGACUUGCUGAUCAGAAGGUUGGCGGUUCGAAUCCCCGCAACGGGCUGAGCUCCCGUUGCUCGGUCCCUGCUCCUGCCAACCUAGCAGUUCGAAAGCACGUCAAAGUACAAGUAGAUAAAUAGGUACCGGCAGGAAGGUAAAUGGCGUUUCCGUGCAUUGCUCUGGUUUGCCAGAAGCGGCUUGGUCAUGCUGGCCACAUGACACGGAAAAACUGUCUGCGGACAAACACCAGCUCCCUCGACCUUAAAGCGAGAUGAGCGCCGCAACCCCAGAGUUAGUCACGACUGGACCUAAUGGUCAGGGGUCCCUUUACAAUGGUUAAACCUUUACAAUGGUUAAAUCUGAGUACACCCAUCCAAAUGUAUGGGUAGUACCUGAUUAAAUCAUAUUGUAAUGCUGGAACCUGUGGCCAUGCACUAAAGCUGAAGGUUGGACAAUUCAAGACAGACAAAAGGAGGUAUAGAACCAUAGAAUUGUAGAGUUGGAAGGGAUCCCAAGGAUCAUCUAGUCCAACCGCCUGCAAUGCAGAAAUCUCAACACACAGUUGCCCAUCCGGUUUGAAACCAUGCAGGACCCUGCUUAGUUUGCAAAUGUACUAGUACUAGCAGUUUCACACCGCAGUUAAACAGCCACAGUACUGUAGUGAUGACCAUCAACUUGCACAGCUUUAGAGGUUAUCACUGACUACUAGGCAUGGGUAUAUAUAUCAGGAUCAGAGGCAGUAUUCCUUCAAGUUCCAUUGCUCAUAUCUUGCUUGUGGGCUUCUCAUAGACAUCUGAUUUUGGGAAGAGGAGGUGGACUAGAUGGAACUUUGAUCUGAUCCGGGAAGGCUGUUCUUUGAAAGCAGUGGGUUAUCAUGACUUAAGCCUUUUGAUUUGAAGUGGUCUACUGAGAGUAUGAAUUUCUGGGGUAUUGCCUUUAAUGACUGCAGACAAGUGUAACAAGCUCUUGUUUUCUGAUGUCUUCCAUGUAGAUCUUACAUACAUUAUUCAAGCUAUUUUGUUGCUCCUUUUUGCAAUAUUAGCACCAAUGAGACCUUAAUAAUAAUAAUAAUAACAAUAACAACAAUAAUAAGGCACGUUCUUGUCAUACAAAUGGUUGGUUUCCCUGCAGCAUUAUGUGAUUUUGAGCUGAAAUUCUCAGAGGUGAUUCUGAAUUAUACCUUGACAAAUUUAUCCAUUCUUUUUUCCAGGAUGAUGUGGGCAGCAGGGGCUGUUGCUGCCAUGUCUAGCAUCACUUUUCCAGCCGUCAGUGCACUUGUUUCGCGAACUGCUGAUGCUGAUCAACAGGGUAGGUACUUCAUAAGACAAGACACGUGAAGUGGAAAAUUCUCGGAACCAAUAAAUGGCUUAAUUUUUUUAGAAGUACAUUGAGUACUAGUAAAAAGUGAUCAAAAUGUCUUUAGCAAUCUCGGGAUUGUGGGGAGACAGUUUCCAGACAGUUUGUUCCAGAUAAGGCAGGCAAAUAUUUGUUAAGCACACAGUAUGGCCCCAGUAUAGAAAACUGUUAGCCUGUAGCUGAUUCUUUUGUUGUUUUCCAGGUGUCGUACAAGGAAUGAUAACAGGAAUUAGAGGCCUCUGCAAUGGCUUGGGACCAGCACUUUAUGGUUUUAUAUUCUACAUUUUCCAUGUAGAAUUGAAUGAAAUUCCAGUGACUCAGAAUGAUCUGGGAGAUAAUGUAGCCACACAGCACCAUUCGCAGCAGGUAUUGUCUUCAGCAUUUCUGUAUAUUUUAACAGAGGGGGGCAAACAUUUCACUGCUUGCAUACAAGUACCUCUUAGGUGUAUAUGUGGUGAUAGACUUUGCUUAAUGUGUGACUUGUCCUUAAGGGUCAUUUCAGAAACAGAAUCUGUGAAGGUUGCUCUAAAAAGUAUCUUCUCGGGUACAUGAUAGCAGAGGUUGCGAAUACCAAGCUUACGGCAUGGGUAGCCUGUGUUGGUACCAUACAGGUGUCAUCAUCCCUGUCCAUCAUUCAUGCUGAUUGGACUGAUGGGAGUUGGGAGUCCACAACAUUUACCGUAUUUUUCCCUCUAUAACAUGCAGAUUUUUUCCUCCUAAAAAGUAAGGGGAAAUGUCUGUGCGUGUUAUUGAGCGAAUGUGUGGUCCCUGGAGCCGACAGGCGCGAGUUCAGGCAAAUAUCAAUCGUCCGGAGAAGGGAAGCUUUGAAAAGAGGAAGCUGCUGCUUUCCUGCAUUCUGCCUCAGGGUCUUACUGCCCACCCACUUCUGUUUGUUACUGUGUUUGCUCAAACGGAACAAAGAGCAGAGAAAACCCCUCCCUUCCAGGCAAGCAGAGGGGAAAGCAGAGCGUCCUUCCUUCUAAUUCCUCUCGUGCUCCGGUGCUGCAACAUGCAGGUGGGGGAGAGAGAGAGAGCUGGCUGGCUUGGGUGGGUGCGUGGGGGGAACUUUUGCCUUCCUUUCCUCCCUCCGGUAAAACCCCUCUCCUGCAUUCUUAGCCAGCUGCUUCUCCGCACACCCCUCUCAGUGCUCCUGUCCCUUCUAUGUUUUUCCUUCCCUCCCCACUUAAAACGUGGUUACAAAGCACGGAUCCACAUGGAUCCUCAGGAUCUUUGCAUAGGGUCACCCCAAAUUCACCAUCAGAUCACAUAGCAUGUCCAUGGCUACAGCCUGCACCCAAAAAAUCACACACCCACUGUUGCCUGGGGCUGCAAUGGUGCAAAAACGUGGUUACAAAGCACAGAUCCACAUGGAUUCUCAGGAUCUUUGCAUUGGGCUACCCCAAACUCACCGUCAAAUCACAUGUCUGUGGCCACAGCAUGAAGCACAAAAAUGAUACAUCCACUGUUUCAUUCAGAAUUUUUUUUUCUUGUUUUCCUCCUCUAAAAACUAUGUGCGUGUUAUGGUCAGGUGCGUGUUAUCGAGCGAAAAAUACGGUAGAAUAUACUGUACCUUGUACCUGGCUUAGAAUAUCUGAUCCUCAAAAUGGCUUAAUAUAUCAAUUCAUCACUGCAUGGAAAUACUGAAGGUUAUUUGUUUCACCAUUCUCGAGUUAAAAAAAUAAUACUUCACAUCUGUCCACUGCUGGAAAAUCAUUUUAUUUUGUUAACUGUGUCGUACCUUGCCUGCUGAAGUUUUGGCUGUUGGAAAGGGGUGAGGCUGCAAGUGCACAGUGCUUUUGCAGUAUCUGGAGAAAACCCACAUGCAGCUUAAGACCGAUUUCCGAUUGAUAAAUGCACACUUCAUUUGGGAGUGGCAUUCAAGGAUAAAUCCAGAAUUUUCAACAAAGAUUUUGUAUUACUUUUACCAGCAAACUACUGUGUGAACAUUUUAUUCUUGCAAGUCCAAUGCUUGGCGCAGUAUAACAACAACAACAACUACAACAACAACAAUAAUAAUAAUGCAUAGAGUAGCCAUCAUCUCUACUUUGAAUGACAUAUAUGGGAUUACCUGUUGUGUUUGGCAUUCUCAAAUAUCUGGAGCAGUUCUGUAGUUUGGUUUUAGAUAUGUCACACAGCCGGGGUGAGAUGAUAGGUUAUUGUUUGCGUUUAGUGGCUCAAAGUCCAGUGCCCUCUAAUCGUUUAGGUUAGCGGGAGGAAGGGUGGGAAAGAAACUUUGCAACUCUGUUGGCCCAGUGUCCAAUCUUUGCUGCACUAACAUCUGGCGUAAGAUAAUCUAAAGGGGAAACGCAAUUCAGACUAAAAGUGAUGGUUUCUUUUGGUAAGCUUCUCUUGUGCUUUUCCUUGCAGAACUCCAUCAUUCCUGGUCCCCCAUUCCUAUUUGGAGCAUGCUCCGUAUUACUGGCUCUGCUUGUUGCCUUGUUUAUUCCCGAACACACCAACUUAAAUGGUCGAUCGAGCAACUGGAAAAAGCACUGCGGUGGCCACGGUCACCCGCACAGUCCACAGGCCCCUGGAGAGGCCAAGGAACCUUUAUUACAAGACACAAAUGUAUGACAACAAAACUCGAGGACUCCUAGAGCGAGUUUCUUACUCUCUUUUUCCCCCCACCUGCAGUUCUGGAUGCACAUUCCAUUUCCAUUGAAAGUGUCGUUUCUUAAGGUGGUCUUAAGAAAUUUUAUCUCUUUGCAUGAAAAUUGUAAGAACCACAAACAGGAAGUGGAAGAUCCUCCAAAGAAGUUACAACUUAAAUUAUUUGAUUUUUGAUUAUUUUUUUUACCCUCUAGGAUUUUUUGCCAUAAUGUCCUAGUGAAAAAAAACAAAAACUUAUUAAAUCUUUACAUCUUAAUUUUGAAACUAAAUUAUAUAUAUUCAAGGUAUCGGCAUGUGUUCUUGCAUCAGUUUCUGGAAGGUGUUAAGCUUUAUUCUCUUCAUGUUGGUCUCAAUGAGACAUACUAGCAGGACUUGGGCACCCAUUUAUUUUAACUGUAAAAUCUUUGGUCAGACGAAUUCAAAGCCUUAAUGUAGAUGCACUUGACCAAGAAAAGUGAACUGGGUUGACCUUGGACUGUCAAAUCAGUGUCUGGCAGGCUUUCCUUAUUUUUACUAACACAAUCAUGUGUUGAACACACAUCCUGAACAGUACACACUCCUUUAAGUGCAUUAUUCUGCUAAUUCUUUCAUUCUUUUAAUUAAGUAUAUAUCAGUAUGUAGUACUUAAAACUAGUGGGUAGCGUGAGCCUAAAAGAUUUUAUUACUGGCUCCAGAACUCUACCUUCCUAAAUACAAUUUGAUACCACUAUGCUUUGGAUGUUUUGCAUAAGGACCUCAACACUUGAACACACAAACUCAACUCUAAGCUGAUAGCCUUGAAGACGUUGGUGUGGUCUAUGCUGGAUUGCCACUUCUGCUACUGGUCAGCGACGGUAGCUUUUUAAGUACAGAGCUAAAGCCAAAUGGCAGUUGAUCUGCCUUCUCUGGCUCUGUUGUUAUUUGUGAAUGAAGUCUGCGGAGAGAGAGUGUCGACUGGUAAGUAGCCCUGCCUAGUAAUAGAGGUGGCAAUCCUUGCGCUAUAGUGGCCUUUCAGGACUGUCACAAGUAACACUUCAGAGCCAAGGAUUAGUCCUGCCGUUUCAGGACCACAGUACAGGAGAGAGCUUUAUACAAUUACUGAUGUGAAUUUCUCUAAAAAUGUAUAUUUUUGUGUCCGGUUGUAUUAUUUAAGUGUUCCUUUGUAUAAAACGUGUAUAAAGUAUUGUAUAGUUCAAAAUGUUUUCAUCUUGUACUGUGGUUAUUGCUUAGCUUUUUUAAUGCACCACGGUUGACUAAAAGCUGGAAAAAAUAUGUAAAUACACUGUUAAUAAAGUUGAAUAUUUUAGUG